AUGUUGUCACAAACAAAGAGUCGGGACAAUGACCACGACUAUACGAGCCUGACUCAAGUAUCGAGUACAAACACUAUCCACAGCGACUUGACAGUUAUGCCCAAUACCAAUACCAACACGACCCCAAACAUGGAAGGCGGGCCUUCCAAUGCCACCGAUAUGCAGCCUCAGACAACAACAACAAGACCGAAAACAAAGGAGUCUCAAAAAUCAUCUUGCUCACGAGCAUCAUCCACCUCCGAAAGAGCACAUACCCGCUCAACAUCAUCCAGUACAGCGGGCAACUCGAGCGGACGACGACCUGGCCCUAGCCGGCGCACAACCUCUCAGAGUGUGCAACAACAGCAACAACAACAACAAAUGUCGCCACAGAAAAGAGAGCAGCUCAUAGCCCUGCAUCGGGAGAGUCGUCGCCUAUUCCAGGACGUCGGCACUACGCCGAACAACAAUAAUAUGCCGGUAGUUGAUCCAUCAGAAACCAGAUCUAUGGCCUCACCGGCGGCAUCACCGAUGCUCCAAUCCCAGCGCUCCCAUUCCUUUCCGCUGGGAUCUGAUCACGACAUUUCCGACGAAUAUCUGCUCCCCUCAUCCCCUAAGAAUAAUAAUCAUAAUAAUCACAAUCGUCAUCUCGAAAAGCUUCCAAGAUGCCAUACGUCCGACGGAAUUACUCCUCCGGUGAAUGAGCCGCAAACCAUGAUGAUCCCCGCCACAAUAACGGAAUGGACAUCCCCCAGCACCCGCCGCCGCGAAUACGAGAAAAUCGAUCGCAACAACAAAGGCUUUCGGCGCCUGUGGCGGCGAUGGACGCCUAGUUGUAUGCGUGCGGGGAACGAGCGCGUUCCGUUUUUCGAUGAGACGUGCAACGGCGGCAAGAAAAAGAACUACGAGGGGAGCGUCAGGCGGUUUCGGAUGGAUAUCCCCGACGAAGAAGAUGAUGAUGCUGUUGUUGUUGUUGUUGAUCGGGAAAUCGAAAAGGAGGUGCAAAUAAGUACAAAGGGGAUGGCGGCGGGACCAAAAGUCGACAAGGGGCGGUGGUCUUGUUUUUGA